CCUGACUUGAUUAGUUGGUGAGGUGAAGAACUUGCAGGCUCGUGGCUUGUUGAAAUCGCGAUGGUCGGUGCGAGCACAAUCGAGUUCGUGUAGCGAUGAGAUCUGCAAUGCCGAUGCUUUUUGGGUUGAGCAAUCAUGUUCCUUUGGAUUGGGUGACUUGGGUCAGAUGGAUCAGCUUCUGCAGCUUGUUGAUGAUGAUUGAUCCACAAGAGGCGGCCCGCCCGUCGCCCUUGCUUUGGGUUGGCGUGGGAUAAGGCUGUGAGCGUAUUCAGCUGCUGACACCGUGAGAGAAUUGACAGUAUGGCGACGCAAGCGAGAGAUUGUACAUGUGUGGAUACAUUGCCAACUAAGGCUUCCAGCAAAAUGACGCAGGAUCCCUUUCACCGCAAGAGCGCCUGCUAAAUGGGAAAGGAGAGCUGAAGGAAAACAUUAUUGACAGGACAACCUUGGAGAGUGGGUCACCGAGUGGCGGCCUGAGGUCCUCCAGAAGCAAACUUGAAGAUGAAAAUCAUCAUCUCAUCUGCUGACCUCUUCGGAACAAAAACUGCGUCAACUAUGUCGCUUCGCUUCAUCACCAGUCUCACGUUCAAGGUUACUUUUACGUAGAGAGAUGGCAAAGUCGGCGUAUGCUGUCGACAAAACGAACCCGAUGGACAUGGAUCCGCUUUCGGUGUCUAGUCUAUUGUCUGAAGGAGGCUUCCUAACGACUCGAAUCAAAACGCGACGGACAGAAAGAGGCUGAAGUCGGACUAUGCUUAGGCCGCACCCACAGAUUAGCUCAUCAAAGAUCACUUCUCUGUAGGCCCCAGUUCAAUGGCUGCGUCUGGUGACUAGAAGGACAAUAAUAGCAACAGAGAUGUGAUUCUUUUGUACUAACCAAACUCAUACUACACUGUCCUGACUAUACUGAUCGAACUGUUCAUGAAUGAAUAAGGAUGCCGGUCGCUCCUUCCUCGCACUGAAAGAUUUCCUCAGUACAAAUGCCAGUACCCCUCAUCGCACUUCGAUCUCGUGAAUGUAUGAGGACACCACCUGCAGUCGCCAUGGCGUUCGUUCCAACGCUGCACCACGAGCUGACCUCUCAGCCUCUGAAACCUGAGCUGACGGCCUCCAUCAACCCGUUUAGCACGCCUAUCCGGACCAGUCCUCGACAUUCGGCAGAUAUCAUCGCAGAGAACGCUGUUCAGGAUACGCUGCAAGAUGUCACCCUUACGCAACCGGCGCCGGAGCCACAGCCUGCUCAGCAGGUCUUCGAGCGGGCGCCGUUGCCAGAAACAAAUCGACCGCGCCAGUUAGCUGUGACUAUACUGAUAGUUCUAUCCAAUCUUGUUCAGAUGAUCGUGAACUUCUCUGGCGUCGCCGGCGGACGAACAUUCAGCGAGUCCCUCCACGUGAAGCCCUCGUACGCAACUUGGAUGGCCGCAAGCUAUGGCCUCACGCAAGGCACAUUCGUCCUGAUGAGUGGCCGUCUCGGGGACGUCUACGGACACCGCAAGAUGCUGCUAGGAGGCGGUGCGUGGCUCUGCAUAUGUACCUUGGCCAGUGCCUUCUGCACCAACUUCUUCGCCUUCGUGACUAUGCGCGCUCUCGCUGGUGUCGGAGGCGCCGCUAUCAUGCCAAAUGCUGUGGCUAUGAUAGCCAUCACCAACCCGCCGGGACGGGUCAGGAAUCUGAGUCUGGGAUUCUUUGCUGCUUCGGCGCCGUUGGGAGGCUACUUCUCUGCGCUCUUCCUUGGAGCCUUUCUGGAGAAUACGCAUUGGAAGUGGUUCUUUGUUUUUGUGGCUUGUCUCGGUGCUGCGAUAUUCAUUCCCCUCUGGCUUCUUAGUCGGGGAGAAGUGACGAUCCUCCAUACAGGCAAGAUCGAUUGGCUAGGUGCUGGCCUAGGAACCGGCGCUUUGAUACUAUUCAACUUUGUCUGGAACCAAGCACCCAGCGUCGGUUGGUCAACCCCCUACGAGAUCGCCCUCCUAAUAAUCUCAGUGAUCCUAUUCACCCUCUUCAUAAUCUGGGAACACAAAACCCCACACCCCAUCCUCCCCCCAGAGAUCUUCCACGCCCCCUCCUUCGCCAUCCUCGUCCUCGUCAUCCUCCUAAACUACAUGACCGUCGGCACAGUCCUGUGGUACCAGCUCCUCUGGCUGCAAGAAGUCUGGCACUGGUCCACCCUGCAAUUCGCAAUCGGUUGGACCCCUUUUGUAAUCUGUGGUACCGCAGCAGCAUGUCUAGCCGCAUGGCUCAUCCCGCGCCUCGCAGCGCAAUGGAUCCUUGCGCUGGGGACAGGCGCGGUCCUAGCUUCAACGGCACUCAUGGCAACCGUGUCCGAGAAACAGAGUUACUGGGCACAGGUUUUCCCCUCCGUCGUGCUGUUCUCCUUCUGUCCCGACCUCGUCUAUACAGCGGGGCAGAUCAUCGCGUCGAAUAGCGUCCGGCGGAACCAGCAGGGUGUCGCCGGGUCGAUUAUCGGGACAUUGAAUCUUUACGGGAAUAGUCUUGGUCUAGGCUUUGCGUCGACGGUCGAGGUGCAGAUUGCAAAGGACUCCGGAAAUGCUAUUGCUGGGUAUCGCGCGGCGCUGUACUUUGGGGUUGCGAUUAGUGCUGUAGCUCUAAUUCUGGAUCUGGCGUUUGUGCGGAGGGUUAAGGAUGAGCGCGAGGGGUGGGAGGAGGGUGAUGAUGAAGGGGUUCUUGGGAUUGAGUUGCAUCAGGCGGCUGCGACUGGUGUGCAGGUUGCCAGGUUAGAGGAUGGGAGGGGGGUUGUGCAGAGGGUUGAGUAGAUACUCUACUAAAAGAGUAUCUUUGCUAAGCAGGGAAAAAUGCAUUUAUUACUGGGCAGGUAGUAUGCUGGGUAGAGGCCAAAUCUCGCCGAAGAUAUUCCACUAGAGCCAAUGCCAACGUGUGCUCUGGAGGUAGUGGGAUUAGAUUUGCUCGAACGAAAAACUAGGAAUACGCUCUCCCUCCAAGCACACCUGGCGUGCCACCCAUGCUUGAAUCUAACCUGUUUCAUCCGCGAAGGCUCUCCAUACAGAUCAAAUCCAGAUAAACAGAGAUUAAUGAGCAAAUAGUAUACAAUCGACAACAACACAAAAAGCCAUCCAUCUAUCUAAUCCCCCAUCCAGAGCGCCGGCUUGGCCACAUACAACUCAUCCAAGAACUUCACAUCCUCCCCACUCAACAACCCCUUCUUGGCCAGCUUUACAGCCUCCGCCGCCUCAUCCACCCUCUCCACACUCGCAAGCCCAACAAUCGGGUUCACCCCCUUAGCCAAACUCCACGCGAUAGCAACCUUCGCCAUACUAACUCCCUUCUUGUUCGCGAGCUCUUCAACGCGCCCGAUGAUGCUGACGUCUGCGUCCGUGACGGGUCCGAUCAGAAAGUCAGAGUAGAUGUCGGUCGUUGAGCGGGUUGUGGGCUUCUCCUUAGUGACACUGUAAGGCCGUGUAAGGAGACCGCGGGCGAGCGGGGACCAAGGGAUUACACCGAUGCCGGCGUCGCGGCAGUAGGCGUGCAUUUCGCGCUCCUCUUCGCGGUACAGCAUGGAGUGGUAGUCUUGCAUGCUAAUGAAUUUGUGCCAGCCGUUUUGGGCGGCGAUGUUGUUUAGGGCUUGGAAUUCCCAGGUGUGCAU